UAAUUACGCCUGUUUCUAGUAUAUAUACUGCCUUGUUAAAAAAAAAUAAUUUAUUUAUUUUUUUAAUUUCUUUUUAAUAAUUUCUUUUUAAUAUUUUAAUUUUAACUUUUCACUCACAUAUUUAAAUCACAAAAUUAAUAAAUAUUUUAAUACACUUAACAUAAUUUAAUUUAAGAUCACAAGUUUAGAAGUAUUUUUUUAUUUAAAAUUUUAUGCCAAGUACAUGAUUUUUUUGAAACAGAGAAUAUAAACACGUACACUGUAUAGAAGCAAGCCUAGAGAGAGAAUUCAAUUGAUCGAUCAUCUACAUUCCGUGUGUGUGAGGCAUCUCCGUUAGGUUCACGAUAUAAUUUCAAAAUUGAAGAACUGGAUUGCUUUGCGCAAUAUCACGGUGUAAUUAGGAUUUGAGAAGCACAAUGCCAGAAAUUGUUGGAGUUCACGAUCACGAAAGAACAAAAAGAUAUUAUUUUGAGGCAUCUGAGGACGAGAAGAGAAGAACUCGAAUCAGAUCUUUGAAGAAAAAGGCAAUGAACGCUUCCACAAAGCUAACGCAUUCGCUCAAAAGACGUAGUAAACGAGUCGCUCAUUGCCGAUUUGCUUCCAUUUCAACUGAAGAUUUUCGAGACGAGAAGGAAGAGGAGGCAGUGAAUUCAUUUCGCCAGGCCUUGUUGGAGAAGGAUCUCCUUCCAGCUCGUCAUGAUGAUUAUCAUACUAUGUUGAGAUUCCUAAAAGCAAGGAAAUUUGACCUUGAUAAGGCCAAGCUAAUGUGGUCUGAAAUGCUUAACUGGAGAAAAGAACAAGGAGUAGACACGAUUAUACAGGAUUUUGCCUAUGAGGAAUAUGAGAAAGUUCAGCGUUAUUACCCUCAUGGUUACCAUGGUGUAGACAGAGGGGGACGACCCGUCUAUAUUGAAAGACUUGGCAAGAUUGAACCUACUAAACUUAUGAAUGUCACUACAAUAGAAAGGUUCUUAAAGUAUCACAUCCAAGGGUUUGAAAGGACUUUUGCUGAAAAAUUUCCGGCAUGUUCGAUUGCUGCUAGGAGGCAUAUAGAUUCUUCUACUACGAUCUUGGAUGUACAAGGACUGAAUUGGAGGAGUUUUGGUAAGCUUGCCCAUGAUUUGGUCAUGCGCAUGCAAAAGAUAGAUGGUGACAACUACCCAGAGACAUUGCACCAGAUGUUUAUUGUCAAUGCUGGAAAUGGAUUCAGAUUUCUGUGGAAUACUGCAAAAGGAUUUCUUGACCCAAGGACAACAGCAAAAAUACACGUAUUAGGAAACAAAUUCCAGAGCAACUUAGCAGAAGUCAUAGACCCCAGCCAAUUGCCAGAUUUUCUUGGAGGAACCUGCUCAUGCCCAAAUCCAGAUGGGUGUCUCAGGUCUGAUAAAGGACCCUGGAAUGAUCCAGAGCUGAUGAAGCUGGUCCAUACAUUACAUGGUGAAGCACUUUAUCCCAGGGGAAUUACAAGCUUCUCCGAUAGUGAUAUCGAAAUCAAACCGGUUUCUCCACAGUUACUACGCAAUGAGAUUGCUUCUGCAGAACCUGAAGUGGAUGUGGGGAUCUUUGCUUACAGUAUCAUCCAAUCAAAACAACUUUCUGACAAAGUACCAACUAGGAGAUCUGUUUCAUUUGGAAGCUUAGUUCAAGAAGAUUAUGGGCCUAAGCUUACAGCUGAAGAUUUGAAUUCUCCAAAUAGAGCUACUGUAUCAGUACAAAGAAGGCCGCCUGAGAAAUCAAUCAUUGGCCUGAUGAUUGAUAUGAUGGUCAGAUCACUUGCAUGGAUAUGCUUCUUGUUUCAUGGAUGGGGUAGGUUGUUUGUGAAGAAUAAUGAUACAAACAGAUUGAGAAAUGGACAGAUAUCAUUAAGUCCUGCCGAGCAAAAUGCUUCCCCAAAAAAGGAGGAUCUCCUCCAUCCAUGUUGUCAGAGGUUGCAACAUUUAGAGAAGACGGUGGCUGAUCUGGUGAAGAAACCUACCAAAAUUCCUCCAGAAAAAGAGCACAUGCUGCUUGAUUCAAUGGACCGCAUAAAGUUCAUAGAGCAGGAGUUGCAGAGGACGAAGAAAGCACUUCUUGCAACAGCAUCACAACAAGUAGAGCUUGCUGAAUCCUUGGAAUCUUUGAAGGAGAACAAAUUUAAAGUGACGAACUCAUGUUGGCUGAGAGGCAGGCCUUCACCAUACAAAACCUGAUUUGGAUGGGAACAGCAUUGAUGCUUAAAUUGAUCUGUAGAUUUGUCAACAAUUUGGAUUCAACCCUAGUAUAUACUUGAGAUGAAGUUUGCAGGGUAAAAGGACCAUGCUGGAAAUAUACACAAUGGGUUAUUGAGUUGGUGAUCUAGUAAGCUUGCUAGAGUGUUGCACUCUACCUCAAUUUUUUCUUUAGAGGCGGGAGUAUGAUGUUAUAGUCUAAUCACAUUCAUAUUUGUACAUAAUUGAUGUGCGAGCAACUUGUUCUGGACAUCACUUACAUAUUUGCUGUACAGAACGACCAGGAAUAUAAUGCAUAGUUUCUUAAUUUCCUUCGAUAUGCUGCUCUAGAGGGAAGUGGUACAGAGCGACUGAUUUGGUACUUUCGGUUUUGAAGUGGCCAAGUAAAUAGAAACAACCUAUAUGCGUGUGGAGGGAGUACCAACAAUAAAUUCCCAAAGAUGGUAACUUGACUACAGUUAAUUUUGCAUGGAUUUUGUAUUCUUUGUGAAGCUCCCGAUGGAAUGUCCAAAGCAUAUCAGAAACUCCGUGGCUUGAGGGUUCUGCUGGAAUAGGUAGCAAGUAGGGGUGUCAAAUGGUUGGGUUUAGCUGAUCAAGAUGGUUGAUUGACAAAUGAGGAGUAAUUAAUCUGCCCAUAUGUUACAUAGGUGAGAUGCGUUAUGUUAAGAUGAGCUAAAUAAUGUUAGUCCCACCAAACAAAACUAAUAGUAAAACUCUUUUCCUUAUUAUGACUCAUAACGAGAAUAUCAUGCCAUAUAGCUACUUAAGCACCUUUAUUACAACACGAGGGGAAUGUGUAUGCUAGCACUAGCUCAAUUUCAUAAAAGUAAAAGUGUUAAUAUAUUUUUGUCAUACUGACAAAUAUCAAAA